UCGGCGCGCCGGCUAAGUCGGUAUUUCCAAUAUGGCCGCCACUCGGUGUGUAUAAACAGUGCGAUCGGAGUGCAUUUAGUCCCGGCGCGGCUAGCGAAGGGGGUUUUUGAGCCGGAAAACGCUCCGGCUGGCUAGGUAAGGCUGUUAGGAAGUGAGGGACACCCAGAGAUCCGAGGAUUAGUGCAGCGGCUCGUUUAUUCGGCGAUUUUUUGAUUCCGUUCAAUGUUGAAGUCUGCGACUGUUGGCCGGGAGCGUUAGUAGUAUAAGCGAUAAUAGGCCAACAGUCGUCUCUGCGGCUAGAUUCCAGGCUACCAUAGCACAGCAGUCUGCCUUCAUUCCAAUAUUGUGAGAUUAGUUGGGUAAUCAGUGGUCCUGACCUAAGUAACCUUUGACCUUAAUUGGCAUUUUUCUGUCAGCCAUCUUGUUUGUUCGUAUAUCUAGGACGUAACGUUACUUCUUGGCUUAAAAAAACGCUUUUGCUCACAUUGCGUCUGAGUUACCUUGCGUCUUGUAAGCAGCAUGUCUAGACAACAGGAGUUCAUCUGUGGCCUCUCCCGCGAGGUAACUUUCGCAGUCCUCCCCAGACUGAACAUGGAGGAGCUGAUGUUUGAACUCAACAGAAGGAUUCAAAUCCUCGAAAAAGAGAAUGGCAUCAAGGACAUGUUGGUCAGUAUCCUUCGGGAUGUGAUGUCGGAGGAAUACCGUCAGUUAGAAAGAAUGUCAUCAGUCAGUCCUGCAGACGAAACUACUAUUCCUGUGCAAAAUCUGGAGGUAACUGUAACUACUAUGCAAGAGGAUGUUCAAACCUCGCACACAACGCCCUCAACUCGUGACACUCAGAACCUCAGUAGGCAGGUACUUGUUGUAAGUCAUCCAAUGAGUACUUCUUGCCUGGAGAAACCCCGUGAGGAAACACCUUCGGCUUCCUGUGCACCGACUCCAGACCACCCUGAAGUACGUAAGUGGAAAUGCCACGUGUCUGAAGAUGAUCAAGUCAGCCAAAUUCCUCAACAGUCCAAGCUGGAUCAUUUUGGUCAUCGUACUAUUGACACAGAGACUGGUUUCAGCAACAGUGGACAGGGACAAAGUGACAAAGGAGGAGAACCUCUCAUAUGUGGCGAAUGUGACUAUAGGGCAUGCAAUAAGCUCCAGCUUGUCGAACACAUGAAAACACACACCAAUGAGAAAACGGUCAAGUGUAAUCCAUCCAAGUACAAGAUGUCAUGUAAAAAAGAUCUCGUCGAGCAUACGAAAAGACACAAAGACACAGAGCCUUAUAAUUAUAGGUGUGAAAUUUGUGACUAUCGGGCAAAUCGAAAGUUGCACGCUGCGAGACACAUGAUGUGCCACGCUGGUUUGAAACCCUACAAAUGUGAGGAGUGUAACUACAGCACAACUUUCAAGAGCGACCUUACCAGACACAGGAGGCGUCACACUGGUGAGAGACCCUACAGUUGUCAACAGUGUGACUACAAGGCAAAAGAGAAAGGCAACCUCGUCAAGCAUAUGAGAAAUAAACACAACAUGUCCAGACAACAGGAGUUCAUCUGUGGCCUCUCGCACGAGGUGACCAUAGCAGUCCUCCCCAGACUGAACAUGGAGGAGCUGAUGUUUGAAUUCAACAGAAGGAUUCAAAACCUGGACAAAGAGAACAGCAUCAAGGACAGGCUGGUCAGUAUCCUUAGGGACGUGAUGUUGGAGGAAUUUCGUCUUUUGGAAAGGAAGCCAGGUUUCAGUUCUCCAGACGAAACGACCAUACCCAUCCAAGACCAGGAGACAGCUACCAUGCAAGAGAACGCUAUGACUGCAGAGACUUCAAGUCCUGAUGCUUCACAGCAAAUUUCAAAGAAGGAAAGCGAUAACGUUACAGACUCAUGCAGUGAAAUGCUCAUGCAUACAAAGGAGCUCGAGCUGGAGUUAGACCAAAUACAACUGACUGUUUCAGAACAAUAUCAACCUUGCGGAACUCCAGGUUCACCAACACUUCCUUCAGAAACCCUCCUGACGCAAAUGAAUACCACAGCAGACUCUUGCAUUAGAGAAAAAGACGUUGCCAUGCCGAUUGAGGAUAAAACAGUUGGACCUUGUCAUUACGAGCUCAACAUCAACACUCCUACUCGUAGUCCUACCUGCAGUAUGCAGGUGCUGGAUACACAAAAUACGAUGAAUACAUCUUGGACAGAGAAACCCAUGGAAGGCAAUUCUACACCCAGUGCUGAAACAGCCUUGGCCCCUUGUCAUCUGUCUCCAGACCACGGUGACAUGCAUAUAAAAAUGGAAUGCCAUAUUUCAAAGGGUGAUCAAAUCGGGCAGAUUUCUCAACCUUCAAACAUGAAUCAAACUGAAAACUAUGCUGCUGACAGAGCUAGAGAUACUGGUUUCAUCAACAGCGGACAUGUACACGAGCAUAGUAGAAAAGAUAGAAGUGAGGAGACACCUUUUCCUCCUUGCGGCCCGACUCCAGACAAGGAUUGUGAGAACAUGACUUCACUCCUUCCUGCAAGUGACUCACAAAUAGAUCCCAAGUGCUACGUGUGUGACGUGUGUGGAUUUAAAACACCAUCGGCACAUAGUUUCGCCAAUCAUAGGCGACGUCACAAAGUGUUACAGCCUUUCAUGUGUGGCGAAUGUGGUUACGGGGCACGCAAUAAGUACCGACUUGUCGAUCACAUGAAUAAACACACUGGAAAGAAACCGUACAAGUGUAAUCAAUGCAACUACAAGGCAUCAGUGAAACGAAAUCUAGUCCAGCAUAUGAAAAGACACUCUAGUGUUAAACCCUACAAAUGUGAGGAAUGUGGCUACAGGACAACUUAUAAGGGUGAUCUUAUUAAACACAUGAGGCGUCAUACUGGUGAGAGACCCUACAGUUGUCAAGAGUGUGACUACAAGUCGAUAGACAAGUCCAACUUCGUCAGGCAUAUAAGAAAGAAACACUAGUGAAGCUACUACCAACCAGAAGUAGAACGUGAUAUGUAUGUAUGAUAGGUAUUCAUGGUAUAAACUUUUUUUAUCUUUUAUUUGAUACCUAGAAACCAGAUUCAAAAUUAAACAUUUCUUGUUGCAACUAUUUAUCUAAUACACUUAUCUUAUCUACAUGAACUUAUCUUUCUGCAUUGAUGAAAGUUAAACAUCCAGGUUUUUGCCAAAUAGCAGUUACUCAAACCAAGGAGGUUAAAAACGUGUUUUUUAACCUCCUUGCUCAAGCCAACACAGUGUCACCAAUGAAAGAUAGUGGAUGCUAUCUGAAACGUAUUGCUGUUUCCAAAACCACACCAAGCUGCUUGAGUAACUGCUAUUGGGCAUAUAUAGCGUUUUGGUUAUUUCUGUUACCAGAGUAGGUCUAUGUAGUGACUUCACAUUGCUUUAUAGCGGUGCGACUAUUUAGACAAUUCUACAUGAUUUAAGCGUACCAAAGAUUGUUUCAAUAGCAUGUGUGUUAAGUUCCACUCUAGUCGGACUAAGAUGUUGUACAAAGUUUGUAGCAGUGUAUUUACUUACAGAUAGUAAAUGUAUUCAAAACAAAGUGAACACAUUUUGGUAUUUGUUUCAAGGCAUGGUACGUGCUUUGUGACGUCUGCAUGUCAAUAUACUUGCCACCAACAAUAAAGCGGAACAUUCUCAUAGCCUCCAAGGUCUUGCCAGUCUAGCAAUGGUCCAUGUUAUAAGGUAUUAGACAUGCACAAAUCAACAGAAUGUUCCCCUGACUCAGUAGUGUUUGUUGUUAAUCUAGCAUCUUGAAGCAAAAGUUGUCAGGCUACGAAUUGCAAACUCAUGAGGUACCAAGGAAAUUAAAUGGACUUAAGUAUACUUCUUGUUGUAUUAUUGCAGCUAGUAAUUAUCUGGGUAGUAAGGCUAUCAGUGGCAUUCUGUAAAAAAUAUGGGAAAGUUAGUACCGUUAAAAGUAUUAAACUUACAUUCUAAUGUUA